AAGACUUCACAUCUUGUUGACUAAGAAUAAACAAAGAUACUGCUAGAGUCAGGGUGAAGUUAAGCCAAGAAAGUGGAAGUGGCCACAGGCAAUAGAAAUACUGUUUCUUCUGGAUGCACCGGACCUCAGGCGUGCAGGUUCCAGUAACUGCUCCCCUAACCUCCCUCUCCCCGGCGUGUAGGUCCCACCCAACCUUCAGUCUGAUGCCCAUCCCGCCCUCUGACCGCCCGGAAUGGAAUGAGUCUAUGCACUCCCUGCGGAUCAGCGUGGGGGGCCUUCCUGUGCUGGCGUCCAUGACCAAGGCUGCAGACCCCCGCUUCCGCCCACGUUGGAGGGUGAUCCUGCCGUCCUUUGUGGGUGCCGCUGUCCUCUGGCUGCUGUACUCCCACCGCCCAUCCCCAGGCAGGCCCCCCAUCUACAACACACACAACUGGAGGCUGGGCCAGACACCUGCCAACCCGUACAAUGACACCUAUCCCCUGUCAGUCCCCCAGAGGACACCAGGUGGGAUUCGGUACCGAAUCGCAGUCAUUGCUGACCUGGACACAGAGUCAAAGGCCCAAGAGGAGAACACAUGGUUCAGUUUCCUGAAGAAGGGCUACCUGACGCUGUCGGACAGUGGGGACAAGGUGGCUGUGGAGUGGGAUGAAGACUCCGGGGUCCUGAAGUCCCACCUGGCAGAAAAGGGGAGGGGCAUGGAGCUCUCAGACCUGAUUGUCUUCAAUGGGAAGCUCUACUCCGUGGAUGACCGGACGGGGGUCGUCUAUCAGAUUGAAGGCACCAAGGCUGUGCCUUGGGUGAUCCUGUCCGAUGGUGAUGGGACAGUGGAGAAAGGCUUCAAGGCCGAGUGGCUGGCGGUGAAGGACGAGCAUCUGUAUGUGGGUGGCCUGGGCAAGGAGUGGACCACCCCCACAGGGGACGUGGUGAAUGAGAACCCAGAGUGGGUGAAGGUGGUUGGACCCAGAGGCAGCGUGGAACACGAGAACUGGGUGUCCAGCUACAACGCCCUGAGGGCCGCCGCUGGAAUCCGGCCACCAGGCUACCUUAUCCACGAGUCUGCCUGUUGGAGCGACACACUGCAGCACUGGUUCUUCCUGCCACGCCGGGCCAGCCACACACGCUAUAGUGAGAAGGAGGACGAGCGCAGGGGCACCAACCUUCUCUUGAGUGCCACCCCAGACUUCAGCGACAUCACUGUCAGCCACGUGGGGGAGGUUGUCCCCACACAUGGCUUCUCGUCUUUCAAGUUCAUCCCCAACACGGAUGACCAGAUCAUCGUGGCUCUCAAGUCUGAAGAAGACAGUGGCAAAAUCGCCACCUACAUCAUGGCCUUCACACUUGACGGCCGCUUCCUCCUGCCAGAGACCAAGAUCGGAAGUGUGAAGUAUGAAGGAAUAGAAUUUAUUUAGAUUUUAAAACUUCAGCUGUUAACCAAGGCUGAGGGGUGGACAGUCUGAAGCUGCAUCAGGACUCAGAUUUUACAAAAGCCAGAGGACUGCACUUUCCGUUUGUCUCCCUCCAGAGCAAUGAGGCAUGCCUGGCUUAGCGGUGUCAGAGUUGGGGGCUUGGUUCCAGGCUGGGAAGGGCGGAGGUGCUGCGACCGCCAUGCUCCCCGCAUCUCUGCUGCCACCUGGUGGUGAGAUCCAUCACCAUCAUGUCCAGAGCUGGCUGGCCCUUCCUUCCUUUUCUUUCCUGUUCUUGUGUUCAGUAGAAUUCCUGUGUUUAGGAAAGCCCCCUCCCCCAGCCCCAGUUACAGUGAGUAUGAGGUGGACCUGCCUUCUGGGAACUCCCAGGCCACCCCCGUUUUUUCCUACUUUGUGAGCCUAGGGCAUUACCUCCACCCCUGCAGAUCCUUGGCAAGAAGAUGUUUACAUUGCAGGACACCACAGCGCCCCCAGGACACAUCUGCCCACAGUUGCCACAGGAAGGGGCACGGGCCCAGCCUAUCUGUGGUUCCCACUUAAAACAUCUCCACUUACAUCCAGUGGCUCUGCUCUCUCCCUUCAGGAACAUUCUGUGGCUGGAUAGCACUUUGAAGUUUUAAUUAUUAACCUAUUUUAAUUAAAGCAAUUUCCUUUCUUAUAAAA